AUGGAGCAAGUUUGCGUCACAGAUGAAAUAUUUCUUGGCGCAGAUGGAGGGUUGCUGCAUCGACAACGGAUGGUGAAAAUAAAGCUGCCUUAAUGUCUUCAUGUUCUCUGUGGGGACGUCAUUUGUGCGAAAAGCUUAUCACGCAGUCUAACAAAAGUUCGGGGGCAUAACAGCAAGUUCGUCUCCCCUCUUCACAAGACGGAUAAAACUGCAGAUUGCGAGGAGUGAAGUUGGUGGUGGGAUCAUGCUCCCGCUGGUGCUUCUGGUCUCUAUGCUGUCACUCACCUGCCAACAGAUGGCGCUUCCUCCCUUUAAAAAGGGCCGGAACUUCACCAUCCAUUCCUCCCAGCUGGCGUGCAGCCUCCCCGGCCCCCAGGGCCCCCCCGGCCUACCCGGAGCCCCGGGGCUCGCCGGCUCCAUCGGCAAGAUGGGCUUACCCGGAAAGGACGGUCCGGAUGGAAAGGAUGGGAAGAAGGGCGAGAAGGGAGACAGAGGUGAACAGGGCAGACCUGGAAAUCCUGGGAUACCUGGUAUCAAAGGCCGUCAAGGCGUGAUAGGCAAGGCGGGACCCAGGGGCCCAAAGGGGUUACGUGGGGCCCCAGGUCUCGCAGGGGUCCGUGGAGAAAAAGGCAAGGCAGGAGAUGACGGGCAAGCAGGGGUCCCAGGGGGCUGCAACUGUGGGACCAAUGCAGCACGCUCUGCCUUCUCCGUGGCCGUGACCAAGAGCUACCCCAAAGAGCGCCUGCCCAUCCGAUUCAACCGCAUCCUGAUGAACGAGGGUGGUCACUACAAUGCCAGCACUGGCAAGUUCGUCUGCGCCAUUCCUGGCAUCUACUUCUUCAGCUAUGACAUCACGCUGGCCAACAAGCACCUGGCCAUCGGGCUGGUGCACAACGGCCAGUAUAAGAUCAAGACGUUCGACGCCAAUACGGGAAACCAUGACGUGGCCUCUGGCUCCACAGUGCUCCGUCUGAAACGUGGGGACCAGGUCUGGUUGCAGAUCUUUUACUCGGAGCAGAACGGACUUUUCUUUGACCCAUACUGGACUGACAGCCUCUUCACCGGAUUCCUCAUUUACGCCGACCAGGAUUUUCUUGACAGAGGGGAUGAGAAGGUCACUACUGGACCUGUCUGAUUGACACUGCCAAUCUGUCAAAGUGAAAAAUCUUAGUCAAAAAUCUAACUCAUUUAAUUAGAUAUCCAUCCAUCUAUCCGUCAUCCAUAAUAGACCAUAUCCCAGUAGGAGACACCCUGGAUGGGAUGCCAGUCUAUCACAGGGCACAGACACACACUCUCAAUCACAGAAUGGGCAAUUUGGAGUUCCAAGUAUAUCUAACUGCAUGUUUUUGGAUUGUGUGGAAUCCCCAGAGGAAACCCACUCAAACACUUUAAUGUAUUAAACAGCUAACAGUAA